GACAAAAAGUAACCUGUUUAAUAAACGCUGUGUCUAUAGGAACAUUGCUCUUUAUAGGAUGCGAGAUAUUGUUGAAUGAGAUAAAACAACACAUAAGCAGAAAAGUACGACUUUGUAAGUGGCUAAGUUUUUGUUUUUCUUGUCUUAUCUCUUUUGCUUUAAUUAGUUUUACAACAAGUAUGGCACCUCAUACUCAUGGAGAUAUAGAUACCCUUGUGAAUAUUCAUGAUCAUAAUCAUUAA